AUCUAUUUUAGGAUUAUGGUCAUUCAUAGCGUCUUGCUUAAUGAUUAUACCGUAUAUGAAUAUAGACAAGAGUGAAUUUACCUUUUUUUUUUGCUAUAUGUGACGUACAAGAGUCCGAAUGUAAUGUUUCCUAUAAUUUUACGAGCACGCAUUAUCAUUGUACGCCUGAAUACAGCAUAAUGAAUUAUGUGUUUUUUGCAUAAACAUGUGUUCUUUGAAGUAUAGGUUGAUAUGAGUAGAAGAAUUGUGACGUAUAACAUUAACGUUUUGAUUUUAAGAACUCACUGUUAAAUAUUCUAUUUUUUCAGACAACAACGAAUUAAAUAUUCAACAAUGGUUAACUUGGCUCACUUCACAAGAAAUUGAGAAUACAUCAGAUCCGUGCUAUUUGCUCGAUAGUAUUGAAGUCAUAGGUGCAGGGGAGUUAAAUAUGGAGAAAAAGGUGGAAACAGUUAACAAGGGGAGAAUAAAAUGGGACAUAGGUGACGGAGAAAACGGUGAUCUAAAAGACCAGCAUUCGGUACAAUUGCAAAAGGUUGCGGCUGAAUUUGUAGCCAAUAUCAUUGCACAAUCAAUUUCUAAGCUGGCACUGGAAAUGGAACAGAAUAAACAGAAAUCAGAACGAGUUGACUCGGAGAGCUCAGCAUUGCGUAUGAAACAUGGUAAACUACUGGAAAAAAAAAUUUAUGGAGAUAACAUUUCAAAGCAGCCCUUCAGUUUAAGAUCAAAAUCACCGGUAAAAAGUAAAACAUGUGUAUUAUUGUGAAAGUGCGUUUUGACUUUGACACUGUCCGUUUUGAAAGGCUUCGCAAAUGUAUUUUCUGAGGAACACUAAAUAUUGUGUUUGCAUUUGCACCAGAUGGAAGAAUAUCGUUAACACUGCAUGUGCGUGUUCGAGCGCGUAGUCAUGUUGCAAAGAAGUGGAAAUGCGUUGAACGAUACUUUGAUAAGUUGGCGUAUGGUAUUAAUUAUUUAGGAAGCGUUGCUUUAAUUAAUCGUGUCCCAAUAUUUGCUACAUCAUGAAACCCAUGGUAAUGGAUAGGCCUAACUGCAAAAGGUUCCUAAUCGGUCAAAAUCUGAGACAAUAAGUCUAGUUGUCUCAGGUCACAAGGAACGCGUUCGUCACAAGAAGUGUAAAUCAUCAUUAAAAUCAGAUAUGUUUACCAUGGCAUACGCUAUUUCUGAACCUUUCAAAUCAAUGUGCGUUAUAACAGAAGUCUUGAAUCGAGAAACAAAUCAAUUUGAGGUUGCUCACAAUCACCAAAAUGCUAAUACAGGUAAUGACGGCUCGUUACGCUUUGUUUAACCUUCCUGACAUUUCGUCAAUGGAUUGGAUUUCUUCGGUGUUUGGCUUGUGAAAGCAUACUCAACACUCUGUCUCAGAAAAUUAAAUCGUUACUCAGAAACUUGAGGACUGUAUAAAUGGCUGCUAUACUCUACUGUUGUACGAUCUGGAUAUCAGUUAUCGAAGAUCUUAUUUCUAAUAAUGCAGUUUGUCAACUACAAUAAAAAAGCAUCGUCUCCAAUACUGGUGACUGCAUAGGUACUCUAUCUCUAAGCUUGAUUUCACCUACUCUAACGGAUUUCUGAUUUCAGCCCGUAGGGAGAAGAAAAUUAGUUAUUUUCGGAUACCAUUGUAAUUAAGAACACUGAACUUGAAUCUUUUAAACUCCCAAUGAACUCAUGAAAGACAAAAUCACGUGGAAGAAAUUUGCGACAGUUGCUUUUCACAUUCCAUCUAAAGAUAAAUGAUGAUUUUGAUGAUGUCAUGAUGAUUUGAUACGCACUAAGAUGGUACGAACGAAUAAUGGUCCAGUAAUCUGUUUAGGAGGCCUACCAGGCCCCAUGCUUACACGAGCGUAAGUAGCUGUUGAAAGUUCCAGGGCCGGUCACGUCUGCGCUGAAUAUUAUUAUUCAGUUCAGCUUAUUUACAUACCGAAAAAAAGGAGUACCGGCUUAGCUGCACUGUAGACUGCUGCUUUGGUACGAUAUUACUGCUACUUGCUAUGAACUGACACGAGUAGGCUAAAAAAAAAAAAAGAAAAAAAAAUAAUAAUACCACUCUCAACAACCAGAGGUGAAAACGUAAUGAGUAAGAGUAAUUAUUCAGGUAAUAGCCAACCCAAAAAAAAAAAAAAAAACAAAAAAAAAAAACAAAAAAACGUUAU